AUGAUGAUGAUGGCAGAGGAAUCUAACACUAAAUGGGAAGGUAAAGUCAUGGCUGAGCUACCAAGGACGGAUCCACAACUAACAUGGGAAGCCUUAGAAGAUUUCUGCAACCUACACAAGUGGUUUCCCAUAGAAACAUGUUACCAUGUAGAGGGUGUUUCAGGUCAACCUGGACUCAUCCGCUAUUGUGCUUCCACUGUUGAAGAAGAAGGGGUUGGUGUUGAUGCUGAGAAGAAAACAACCAUCAAGUGGGCCAAAGAGAAGCUACUUGAGAUAGAUCCUAUUCAACGCUGUCUGUCCUAUGAAAUCGGUGAAAACAACAUGGGAUUUAAGUCCUAUGUUGCUACACUGAAGGUGCUGCCCAUCAACCAAGAUGGAUCCAAGAUCGAGUGGGGGUUUGUCUGUGAUCCUGUAGAAGGGUGGAGCUUCCAGGAUUUGAAGUCAUAUUUUGAAUCUUUUGUGGAGUUCAUGGCCAAGAAGAUUGAAGUUGCAUAUAACACAAACUAG